UAUGUCAUUAUUGCUGUUUAUCUUUGUCAAGUGACUGCACUGCACGGUUGGGUUGGUUGUUAUUGGCCUAUUAUUGUGUUAUCAUUUGUACUUAUAUCAAGCUUGAGUAAAUAGUCAAAAUCUAAUCAUAUCUACACACAAGCACUUCCUGAAGUGCACGAUUAGGCCCAACACCGCAAUCGCAAGACUUGGAGUUUAUGUAAGUGAAUUGUGCUGUCAAUGAAUACAUAACAUAGACAGCUUAGGCCUAUAGCAGGCCUCUACCAGUUAUCGGAACAGGAUCCCAAAUGGCCACCAUUGUUGUGCCAAGAGAGUAUGGCUAUGUCAUAUUAGUUGGAGUGGGCUCAGCGUUCAUGCUCGUUUGGAAAGGAAUCAAGGUUGGACAAGCCCGUAAGAAGUUUAGCAUACCUUAUCCAACAAUGUACAGUCCAACAAAUGACCAUUUCAACUGUUACCAAAGAGCCCAUCAAAAUACGCUGGAGAAUUACCCCCAGUUCCUAAUGCUGCUGUUUGUUGGAGGAAUACAACACCCUGUGUUAGCGUCGGCUGCUGGCGCUGUUUGGUGCUUAGGCAGGAUUGCCUAUGCUAAGGGGUACUACACUGGAGAUCCAAAGAACAGAAUGAAGGGGUCUUUUGGGUACUUUGGUCUGUUCACUCUGCUUGGUUUGACAGUGAAGUUGGGUUUGGACACUCUGGGCUGGGUGUGAGGCACUUCAAUAUAGAUAGUCUUUAGAUAAGAUAAGUUAGCAAUUGCACAAUUACCUCAAAAGUAUUCCUGAUAAUGUGUCACUAGUAACAAAAAUAUACUAUACUAUUUUAGCGAUAUUCUAAGAACCCAAAUGCCUUCAAACACAACUCUCAGGUUUAUAAAGCAAUAUUUUUGUUAUUUGUAAAGAGGCAAAGUAUAGCUGUGUAUGUGAUGUCUAAUUCCACCUAAACAUGUAUUACAUCCUGAUGAACUGACAUUUUAUUUAUUUUAUGUACAAUUCAAUGUUCAAUUCUAACUUGAAUUUUUAAAGCUAAAAUAAUCCUAUUAUAAAAAUAAUUCAGGGUUUGAACACUUUGUGUAAAUAAUCAAAUGUAAUAUUCAAUAGCACAAAGAAACUAGUCUGUCACCCCGACUAACAUUUUCAAGUUCAUUGGUGUAAAAAAAAUAUAUACCUAUAUUUUAGGUAUCACUGAGAUAAAGUAAAAAGUAUUUGUUUGGUCACUAAAAAUUAGCUUAAUAGUUUUCUCGAAUGAUCAAGUCUCAGAGACUUUAUAAGAAAUUUGGUUUAGUAGUUAUGAUGCAAUGUAUAUUUUGUGUUAUUUACCUUUACCAUUUUUAUAAGACUGAACAUAUUUCUUCUGCUGUUACCCCUCAGGACAUAUUUAAAGUAAUUUACCUGUUUAUUGUUUUAUUUAAUGUUAAUGUUCAUGUUUGUUUGCUGUUGGCAUAUUAAUUAAAGUAAAUUUUCUCAUUAU